CUUUUUGAAAGCUCAGAAUAUAUUGAACUUGUUUUUUCUCAGCUCGUCUUUUGACGUAUAAAUAAAGUUAUUUUAAAAUGAAUAUAAGAAGCUCAGUGUUCACAUCUUCAAAGGUCUGAUGUUCAAUCAACAGGGACAUGACCCAGAUUCUAUGAAAACGUUGAGGUCAUUAUGGUCGUUGCAGUCAUUAAUGGGGUUUUAUUUUGAAAGCACCUGACAGGAAACAGUACUGCAUGUGUCCAAUAACUCUCCUGAGUCUCCAGCAGUCUGUAAAGUCCGGACUCUGAGACUGGACGUGUCUGAUCCGGAUCAUGGGCUCAUUCUGUCGCGGGUACCUCCACCUUCUGCUCUAACCUCCAGCUCCAGCCGCGGAGCUCCAACAUGCUGCCGCCGGGAAACGACUCCUCCGGCUGGGCUGAACUUUCAGAGUUGAACCGGUCCAAGGUCGCGGGCAGCGCGGCGGAGAGCGGCGGGGCCGGGCCGGAGGCGGUGAUCGUGCCGGUGGUUUUCGGGCUGAUCUUCGUGGUUGGGGUUGUGGGGAACUCUCUGGUGAUGCUGGUGAUCGGGAAGGUGAGGUACACGGGCGGCGGGGGAGGAGGAGGGUUGAAGCCCUCCAGCAGCCCCACCAACAUCUUCAUCCUGAACCUGAGUGUAGCGGACCUCAGCUUCCUCCUCUUCUGCGUCCCCUUCCAGGCCACCAUCUACUCCCUGCCGGAGUGGGUGUUCGGAGCCUUCAUCUGUAAGUUCGGGCACUACUUCUUCACCGUCAGCAUGCUGGUGAGCAUCUUCACUCUGGUGGCCAUGUCCGUGGACCGUUACAUCGCCGUGGUGCUCUCCAACAAGUCUACGUGCGUCAGGAGCCGCAGAAACGCGCUGGCAGGAGUGUGCGUAAUUUGGACACUGUCUCUGGUGUGCUCGGUGCCUGUGGCGCAGCACCAGGUCCUCACGAACCACCCCAAAGCCCCCAACAGCACCUUCUGCUGGGAGAGGUGGUCCGGAGCCUCCAAGCCCGCCUACAAGGUGACCAUCCUGGUGAUCGGGUACCUGCUGCCGCUGCUGCUCAUUAGCUGCUGCUACGCCAAGGUUUUGUUUCAUCUUCAUAAAAAGAUGAAGAACAUGUCCAAGAAGUCUGAACGCUCCAAAAGAAAGACGGCUCAGACGGUUCUCCUGGUCGUCACCGCCUUCACCAUCUGCUGGAUGCCCCAUCACAUCAUUGCCAUGUGGGUGGAGUUUGGCCUCUUUCCCCUGAAUGACGCCUCCUUCGCCUUUCGCAUCGUCUCCCACUGCCUGUCUUAUGGAAACUCCUGCGUCAACCCCGUCCUCUACGCCUUCCUGUCCGAGAACUUCCGCAAGGCCUGCCGUCAAGUUUUCACCUGCCGCUUUCUGUACUCGACGCCCCCCAACAGCAAGGUGGUGCGCUUCCGCACGGAGAACUUCUCGACAACACACUCCACCACACACUCCACCUCCAACAUUUGAAGGAUUUAUGACGAGAGCACGAUUGUUUCUUUCUGGUGAAAACGAGCAGGAGAGCUGUGUUUGACGUGAUCAUUGGCUGACUGUACUUACUGAUAUCUGUGGGCACAGGACGGGUGUUAGUAUCAGAACACUUCUGGUUUCUGUCUGUAGUGUGAGCAGUGUGAGCAGUGUCAUGUUUCAGUGAGCUUUGACUGUGAAGAAAAACAGUCACCAACAACAAAAAGGGACAGAACGCAUCUGGCAUAAAGCAAUCCUGGAACCCAUCGGCAGCUUUA